AUGGUCCUCUCCUGUUCAGCAUGCCCUAAAGUCGAUAGUUUCAGCCUGCUACGUGAGCGAAAGAGGGCAGGAAUGGAGAAGUGUCAGGAAGUCAAGAAACAUGUGCGUCUGCAGGAUAGGUGAGUUGAGAGUGCUCUGCGUUUUGGCUCAAUGUGCAGAUACCAGGGGCUGAGAGUUUAUGUACAAGUCGUUGUUCUAGAACAUGGGUAGGCAAACUAAGGCCUGGGGGCUGGAUCCGGCCCAAUCGCCUUCUAAAUUUGGCCCGUGGACGGUCCGGGAAUCGGCGUGUUUUUACAUGAGUAGAAUGUGUCCUUUUAUUUAAAAUGCAUCUCUGGGUUAUUUGUGGGACAUAGGAAUUUGUUCAUAUUUCCCCCCCGAAAUAUAGUCCGGCUCCCCACAAGGUCUGAGGGACAGUGGACUGGCCCCCUGCUGAAAAGGUUUGGUGACCCCUGUUCUAGAAAGCUACUUAACAGAUGAAAAGGGGUGCUUUGGGAGAAAAGGGGACUCACAGCAUCCUAGUGAGGAGCAAGAUACUUCCAUGGACAGCUUUAUAUGAACCAGGCUGCUUCCAGCCUGGAACUUUUAGAAAUAAGACUCUGACUAUGCUUAGUAUUAUAAUUAUUGUUUAUUAUAGUUAUUUGCCACUUUUUACAAGAAGGUGUCUCAAAGUGACUUGCAAUGGAAGAACAGGACUACCAAGACAUAUUAAAGCCUAUUAUAAGACUGCAAGGAAAACCCCAAAAGGCUCAUCCAUAAAUAUAUAUAAGGGCCUAUCCAUUUGUCCUGUGAUUUCAAGUCUUGAGUCUCAGAGGGUAGCUUUCCCCCCAACCCCCCUAGGAAAACCUGCUGUUUACUACUGAAUCAGAACAAAGGUCAAUCCGCACAAAAACCUGAUUGGUGUUUGUUCCAAUUUUGUUCCAGUGGGUUUUCCUGGGGGGAAGCGGAAGGACGGGUGGGGUGAAGGGACAUCUCUCGGACCUGUGACUUGAAACAAACACCCUAAAUUAGCGGCUGCACCUCUACUCAUUUUACUCAGCAACAUGUCAACCUACCACUCUUCCCACUAACCCACCCUUUGACAAACGCACACGCCUCCCGACCCCUCACGUGACACUGCAUCCCGCCCCCUGGACCUUUCGCUUUCUACCUCGUGUUGCUGCUGCAGCCAGGUUGGAUGAAGAGAUGGCUCGGCCAGAUGAGCACUACAGGAAAGAGGCCAGAAGUGGUGGCUGGUCUGGGGAUCUGCCACUGCCCCUCCUAGUCAGGCUGGCCCUUUAUCAUAAAUGGUGGCAUUGGCAGAAGCAGAUUACCAGCCUGGCAGACCCUGGCUUCUGACCACCUUCCUUCUUCUUGCAUUGGGCUAUUUUUGCACCCUAAUUGGCAGCGGCACAAAAGCAGCAGAUCCCCAAGGUGGCCAUUAGUGGCACCAGUCAGUCUGGGGGUUUAGAUCCAGGAGCAGAGGUCCCAGGGCAGGUAGGCGGAGGAGCCAGUGGAGCUGCUGGGGGGCUGCUAAAGCUUGUUCCAGCUGACCCUUUGCAGCUUGCCUACACCACCCAUUCAUUGCUUCUCAUUACACUGUAUUUCACAGCACCACCUGUCUGUGGACAAGUGAACUGCAGGAUGAUGACAUUCUUACAUUUUUAUUAUAUAGUAAAGAAAGCAAUUCUAACCCACCUCAUUGAACACCAAAAGAGGCCACAAACAUACAUGAUUUCCAUCAAAUUAAGGGCUGAAGGCCUGGGUAAAUAAAAAUGUUUUUGCCUGAUGCCUAAAUACAGAAUGAUCACGUUAGGUGUGUUUCCUUUAGGAGAGCAUUUUAUAAGCAGGGAGCCACCACAGAAAAGGCCUUUUUUUGUCCUGCCAGACCUCCCUUAGAGGGGACACACAGAGAAGGGCAUAACAUCGGUGUGGCUGUUUUAGAAUUCCUUUCACACAAACAUUUGCAGAAUUCCUCUUGCCCUGUUUGUGCUUAGUCUGGAACAUUUCUGUUCUGGAAGAAGGAAUGGACUCCCAUAAUCAUUAGAACCAAUUUGAGGAUUUUUUUAAAUAUAUGAUUGCAAUAUCAGCCUGAAACUGGGCCAACAUAGGAACUCUCUGGCUCAUUAAUGUGUGACACUCAUGAGCUGGGGUCCCAAUAAUUGUGUAGUGACAAUAUUGCUUUGGUACUGUAUGCUUCAUAUUCAGUGUAUAGUUAAAUCCUCAAUCUCAGGCUUCCCUUCUAGUUUCUCUCAGUCUGGAGUGGCUGUGUGAUGCUGCAGCUAGAGUCUAGGGUAUUUAUUUAUUAUGUAGAUUUGUUGUCCUCCCUUGGGCAUAAGGUCCUUGGGUAGGUUACAAAAAUGUAAAAAUAUAAUAUUAGAAUUUAAAACAAUUUAUAAUCAGAAGAUGGAGAGGGAAGCAUUGUCAAUAUACACUUGGCAAUUUACUUGCAUUGUUUUAUAAGAUUUAUGCAGGGUUAAAAUUGCCUUUGAUCCCAGUUACUAUUGUGCAUCUUUUCACUAGUUUUUCACUAGCACAUUUUACCCCUUUCACACAACCCUUCCACCCUAUUCUAUAGAUGGCUUUCUCUAGGCUUAUAAUUUGCACAUUUGGGUUUCUCUCCCUUUCAGAAGGGGCUCCAACGUGUCGCUGGUGCUGGACAUGAGUUCCCUGAGCAACACAGAACCCAUUUCAUCCGUCUCCACCCCAAGGGAUGUCACAGUGAAGCUCCUGAACACCACCAGCCAUGUUCUUACUCAGAGGAUGCUCCAGCAGCAGAACUGGAGCCUAGAGGAGCUUCAAGAGGAGUUUGCGGUGAGACACUCAGAACUGCCUCGUCCUGAUUUCAUUCCAAGCUAAGCUCCUCCAAUUGCACACCAUCCUGCAAUCUAGAGUACUGCAUAUUGUAGAAUUGGGAGAGAUUCAGAGGAGAGCAGCCAGAAUGCUCAAGGGAAGGUUCCAGAAUUGGGGUUGUUUUUUUUAGUUUAGAGGAAAGGUGUGAGAGGCAACAUGAUAAAAUUGCAUAAAAUUAUGCAUGGUUUGGUGAAAGUUGAUAAAGUAUUUUUUUUCUUCCUCUCUCCCUCUCUCCCUCUCUUAGUUAUAGUAUUAGAUCAUGAGGAUCUCACUCUCGUAACACUAGAUCUCAUGGGCAUCUAAUGAAGCUGAAUGUUGUAAGAUUCAAGACAGACAAAAUAAAGUACUUCUUCACACAGCACUAUAGAGUUAGCUCCCACAGGAGGCAAUGGUGACCACCAACUUUGAUGGCUUUAAAAGAUUAAACAAAUUCAUGAUGAAUAAGGCUCUCAAUGGCAACUAGCCAUGAUUCCUAUGUUCUACCCAAUGUGGGAGGCAGCAUGCCUCUGAAUGCCUGUUGAGAGUGCUGGGGAGAGUGCUCAGGUCCUGAUGUUGGGCUUCUCCUAGGUGGUGGGAACAGGAUGCUGGACAAGAUGGGUCACUGGUCUGAUCCAGCUCCUUCUUCUUAUGUGUUCCCAUUAGAAAACUGUCCUACUGCAAGAAAGGGGAACCUGUUUUUCUGCAGAUGCUGGUAGACUCCCAACUCCCAUGUCCCCCACCCAGUAUGGCCAAUGGUGAUGGAUGAUGGGAGUUGUAGUCCAAGAACAUCUCCAAGAACCAUUUUCAUGCAUUGGAAAUGAACAUUUUGUGCCUAGCAUCUUAACAGAGCAGGAAGUUCCUCCCUUUUUUCCUGGGUUUUAUAAGAUGAAUAAUAACACCACUACCCUUUAUAAAGAGCUGGGCUUCUUUAGGCAGGUGAGAGAUCUCCAUAACAGUCCCUUUGGGCUGAUAGCAGGUUAAAAGGGGAACAAUUCAGAGUAUGUGUUGGGAAGCAAAAACAUAUCUGUAUUUAUACUCUCUCUUCCCAACACUUUGGGUGCUUUAUGUUUCAGAGAGGGGAAUAUUUCAGCAAUUCCUUCUUUCCUCCUUUACAGAAAAUCCCCUCCAACUUUGCCAGCGCAGAAGAGCUGGACAUCCCCAGACGAGCAGCAAAAGACAGAUAUAAAUCCAUCCUACCAAGUAUGUUUGCCUCUUGUGAACAAGGAAAAUGGAAAGUUGGCAAAGGAAGGCAGACCAAUGGACCCAUCUAUUCUUAUUUGUAUUCUUUGGCCAGUGUCAGGUCACAUUCGCACCCUAUAGCUAAAGCACAUUUAAAGCGCAUUGUGUGUCCCCGCCACCGGCCCUUGAGGCCUAUGUGUCGCUCUCCCCUCUUACACACACACUGAGAGGUGGCAUGACUCUAGGUCAGUUGUGACUGUAUCAGUGAGUAUAAAAGAGGCACACAUAACUCUGUUGUGCACCUACAGAGCAAAUGGUUGGAUUUUGUUUUUCAUGAUCAGGCUCCUUAGCUGAAAAUAACAGCUCAGUCACAGCUGCAGCACUCCUGGCUGUUCCUCCAGAGAGCUCUGUUCAUUCCUCUUUGCUGGAUGAUGGAGCUGUGUGCCACAUGGCGUGUCCUAUGUCCUUGCUUGGUGCACCACCCCAGCCCUGCCCAGAUAAGCUGUGGGGAUACUUGUGUUGGGAAGGUAGCUCUCCACUACCACGUGGGAAUGCAGUCCUCAACAGAAAAGAAAUGAAAAGCUUCCCUGCCUCUUCUGUACAAGUUCCACCCUUUGGCUUUAGCAGACAUAAUUUCAAUCCCUGCUGAGAUGUGCAGGAUGCCUUACAUAAUCAUAACAAUACCUUGUGGCUUUAGAAGUUGUGAUGAGUUGGAGUGGAAAAGUUUCUAAAGGCCAGAGACAUAGGGGAACCUCUUGUAGAUGCCACCUUGUUUGCGUAAGAUGGUGACGGGUGUUUGAGUGGAAAACAACUCAAGGCCAUUUUAUAUCCCAGAUAGACUUGCCAUUGUGGUGGGAUGAAAACUCCACCUGUGUGAGCAGAAAUAAAAUGACUGCUCUGUGUUCCAGCUGCUGUAGUGACAUACAUCACUUCUGACAUGACUGUUGAAAAGGCAAAUUCAUUGUAAAUAAUGAGUCUGAGCAAGGACAGAAGAACGAUGAGGUAGCAACGACUGAGUCAAAUGUGCUGGAAGGUGGGGGGAGCAUCUCUUUGAAGGAGGAUUUGGCCAGCUUUCUGACUUCUUGUGACAAGGGUGGGGAAUCCAUAAGCUCGAGAGCCAGUAUGGUGUAGUGAUUAAGAGUGGUGGACUCGUAAUCUGGUGAACUGGGUUCGCAUCCCCGCUCCUCCACAUGCAGCUACUGGGUGACCUUGGGCUAAUCACACUUCAGUGAAGUCUCUCAGCCUCACUCACCUCACAGAGUGUUUGUUGUGGGGGAGGAAGGGAAAGGAGAAUGUUAGCCGCUUUGAGACUCCUGAAGGGGAGUGAAAGGCGGGAUAUCAAAUCCAAACUCCUCCUCCUCUUGGACUAUGGCUCCCAUCAUCCCUGACUGUUGGCUGUGCAGACUGGGGCUGAUGGGAGUUGAAAUCCAACAACAUUUGGAGGCCAACAGGUUUUCCACCCAUGGGUUAGGAUAUUAUAAUUAGAUGAUGCUUUGUGCAUGGUCUUUGUGUUCAGGCAUCAUGUCCACAGUAACCAAACUGUCCCUUUAGAUCCCCAGAGUCGUGUGUGCCUCAAGAGAGCGCUGAGCCAAGAAGAUGAGAGCUACAUUAAUGCAAACUACAUCCGGGUGAGCCAGAGGGUCAUUGAGGUGUGAGAAAUCUGAAGAUGACUGUUGGGAUAUGUCUUACUUGUUGAUAUUUCUGUCUCACCUUCUAGGGUUAUGCUGGGCAGGAGAAGGCCUAUAUUGCCACCCAGGGGCCCAUGCUUAAUACAGUCAAUGACUUCUGGACAAUGGUGUGGCAGGAAGGAGCUCCUCUCAUCGUUAUGCUCACCAAACUCAAGGAAGCGAAAGAGGUAUGAUUGGUGUGGGCCUUGAGCAGCGCCGGCCCUACCAUUAGGCAGAGUGAGAUGGCUGCCUCACGUGACAGAUGCUGGGUGUGUGUUUGUGUGAGGAGCAGAUAGAGUGUGUCCUGAAACCACUAAGCUAGUCUGCUGCCCUCAAGUGUAGUGGAGAAUGCUACUCCAUUGCCAAUACCGAAGUACGAUUCAUUGGUGAAUGCAUUGGUGAUUCAAGUGCCAGUCUAGCUGGCUUUUAUAUACAGUGGUGCCUCGCAAGACGAAAUUAAUUCGUUCCGCAAGUUUUUUCAUCUAGCGAAUUUUUCGUCUUGCGAAGCACGAAAUCCCAUAGGAAUGCAUUGAAAUCCAAUUAAUGCGUUCCUAUGGUCAAAAAAGUCCAAACAAAGCCAAAUUUGGUACAACAAGAGUUUAUUAAGUGCUCUUUAAAGUCACACAUACUGUAAAGAGCAUUUCAAAAAUUGAAGGAACAAUAAAUUAAGUUUCUAAACAUGACAGGAAAAACAUUUAAAAAUCAACAAAGUGUACAUUACAUUUUCUAAGACUCUGGGGACCACUCGAAGAAGGUUCCUCUUCCACUCUUUGCUUCUUGCUGAAGAACCUGUCCAUGGUCUGCUGCUUCAUCCGCCUUUUCAGCACCUCCCUGAAAGGCGACAUGACCGUCGUAUCAAAAGUGUUCACAAGGUCAUGUGCCACGUGCUUGUUAGGGUGGUUCCGCUCUGCAAAAGCCUGCACAUCCUUCCACUUCAUGCAAAUGUCCCUCAGUUCUUUGGAGGACAGCCGUUCCUCAGUUGCUUCCUCCUCUUCCAGCGAGGCCUGCUCCUGCGCAGCCUCUGCCUGCAGUUCGACCAGCUCCUGGGUGGUCAGCUCGUGGUCGUGCUCCUCCACCAGCUCGCAGACGUCCUCCUCUGUGACCUCCAGGCCCAUGGUCCUCCCCAAGGCAACAAUGUCCUGCACCACUGUUGACUCUGGUGCAUCAGAGUCACUUGGUGCCACACAGUCCGGCCACAGGCUGCGCCAAGCGCAAUUCAAAUUUCUCUGGCUGAUCCCUUUCCAGGCCGUGGUGAUCAUCUUCAAGCAGGUGACGAUGUCGAAGUGGUCCUUCCAGAAUUCCCGCAGGGUGAUGGUGGUGCAAUCAGUCACCUUGAAGCAUCGCCUGAAAAGCUCCUUGGUGUAGAGUUUUUUGAAAUUGGCGAUGACCUGCUGAUCCAUCGGCUGGAGCAGUGGCGUGGUGUUAGGCGGCAGGAACAUGAUGUUGAUGAAGCUGAACUCCUCCAACAAGUCCUGCUCAAGGCCUUUAGGAUGAGCAGGAGCAUUGUCCAUCAGAAGCAAAGCCUUCAGCGGCAGGUCGUUGUCCAGCAGGUACUGUUUGACAGCAGGGCCAAAAGCAAGAUUGACCCAGUCCACAAACAGCACACAUGUGACCCAAGCCUUACUGUUGGAUCGCCACAUGACACUCAGCUGCUCCUUGUCGACCUUGUGUUUCUUGAAGGCCCGUGGGUUCUCCGAGUGGUACACCAGCAGGGGCUUGAUCUUCAGGUCGCCGCUUGCGUUGGCACAGAAGAGCAGGGUCAGACGGUCCUUCAUGGGCUUGUGGCCAGGCAACUUGGCCUCCUCCUGAGUGAUGAAAGUCCUUUUGGGCAUCCUCUUCCAAAACAGCCCGGUCUCGUCGCAGUUGAAGACCUGCUGUGGAACGUAGCCCUCCGUCUUCACAGCCUCCAGGAACUCCAAGGCAAAGUCUUCAGCCGCAGGAACAUCAGAACUGGCAGCCUCUCCAUGCCUGACCACGCUGUGGAUUCCAGAUCUCGUCUUGAACUGGUCAAACCAGCCUCUGCUUGCCUUGAAGACUUCUGGCUCGCCUGAGGUUCCUGGCUGUUCCCGGACGAGGUCUGCGUGCAAGGCCUUGGCCUUCUCACAAAUCACGGCCUCAGUCACUGUGUCCCCUGCACGCUGCUUCUCUUCUAACCAGAUGAGCAGCAACUUCUCGACCUCCUCCAGAACAGCUGGGCGGUUCUUCACGAUCCUGGUGACUCCCUUGGCUGCAUCAGUCGCAAGGAUCUUCUCCCUCAUCUUCAGGAUGGUGCCGAUGGUCGAUGGGUUCCUGCCGUACUCCCUGGCGAGGUCUGUCACACGCAUUCCACCGUCGUGCUUCCGGAUGAUCUCCUUCUUCAUUUCCAGCGUCACCUUCUCCUUCUUCCUCUCGCCGGCCUCUGCAGCAGCAGUCUUCUUGGGUCCCAUGGCAGCACAGCUCCUAGCUUCGUAAACUCAGAAAAAAAAAAUAAUCAGUGCUUCACACCCAAAAAAUUCAAAAGCACCCAGCCACCCACCACACAGGAAUUCAAACCCAGAACCAAGUCCUUGAAUUCCAAACACCCAACCCAAAAUCCAAAACCCCCCCAAAAAGUUUUAAAAGUUUAACUUACGAAAUGGCUGCAAAUCACCAAAGUCUUCAAAAUCCUCAAAUGGCUGCAAAAGAAGUUUUGGAAAAGCUUUAAAAAUCACCAAAGUCUUCAAAAACCGCAACUGUUCCCCCAGCCACCCACCCACCACACAGAAAUUGCAAACUCCUCCCCAACUGUUGCAAACCCCUCCCCAACUGCUCCCCCAGCCACCCACCAAACAGAAAUUCAAACUCAGAUUUUUUUUUUUUAAAAAAACAACAUGGCCCAAUGGUCACAGAAAAUCAAAAAAAUUCAAAAAAAAACCCCACACAAGCUCCCAGAUUCUUGCAAACCCGUCCUCAACUGUUCCCUACAGCCACCCACCACACAGAAAUUCAAACCCAGAAUUUUUUUUAAAAAAACAGCAGAGUGGCCCAAUGGUCACAGAAAAUCAUAAAAAUUCAAAAAAACCCACACAAGCUCCCAGAUUCUUGCAAACCCCUCCUCAACUGUUCCCCCAGCCCCCCACCACACAGAAAUUCACACCCAGAUUUUUUUUAAAAAACAGCAGAGUGGCCCAAUGGUCACAGAAAAUCAUAAAAAUUCAAAAAAACCCACACAAGCUCCCAGAUUCUUGCAAACCCCUCCUCAACUGUUCCCCCAGCCACCCACCACACAGAAAUUCAAACCCAGAAUUUUUUUUUUAAAAAAAGCAGAGUGGCCCAAUGGUCACAAAAGAUCAUAAAAAUGCAAGAAAAACCCACACAAGCUCCCAGAUUCUUGCAAACCUCUCCCCAACACCAAGUUUUGAAUUCCAAACACCCCAACCCAAAAUCCAAAAAACCCAAAAAAAGUUUUAAAAGUUUGACUUACCAAACGGCUGCAAAAGAAGUUUUGGAAAAGCUUCAAAAAUCGGCAAACUCCUCAAAAACCUCAAAAAAGGCUACCACACCGCGUGCAAUGUGUUGCUCCUCAAAGUCAAGUCGCAACUGCACCUCUUCAAGCAAUGCACCCUGGGUAUUAACGGUUUUACGAAAAAGGAAACAAACUUGCAAGACGUUUUCGUCUUGCGAAGCAAGCCCAUAGGGAAAUUCGUCUUGCGAAGCAGCUCAAAAAACGGAAAACCCUUUCAUCUAGCGAGUUUUCUGUAUUGCGAGGCAUUCGUCUUGCGGGGCACCACUGUAUGUAAUGGAGAGAACACCAUUGCGUCCUUUACCCAGUGCUUUUUUCCCCAGGGUACCCAGUACCAGCAACUUAAAAUAAAAUAAAAUAAGUUAAAAGUGUGGCACUUACUGUAACAACUUCAUGGUGAGUACCGGCAGUUUUUAUUUCUUUUCUUUUUUAAAGCACUGUCUUUACCUCAGGCAGCAAACUGUAUUGGGCCUGUAGACUGCUCUGAGUGAGCAUAAACAAAUUCCCUGGAGGUGAGGGGACUUUCCAGAUACUAACAGAAGAACAGUGAGCAAGCUUAAAUUUGUAAACAUUUCAUCAAACAGGGAUGGACAACUGAUACUUUUAUUCCUGCUGAGAGCGCAUCCUUUAGCAUUAGUGGUAAAAAAACCCACAGCAUUGGUACGUGCUUCCCGCUUUCAGGAGCAGAAUUUGGUUUUCACUGAGGAAAGAACAACAGAACCUCCUAGAGACGAUUAGCAAACCAUCAGUUUAACAAAGAAUGCUCACCCAAGCUUCUAUAACUGUGUAUUUUGGGUCAUAAAUGUAGGGGGAAAUUGGGCAACCAGAAUGCUGACAUUUCCAACCAUGGGCCAGCUCUCUGCUUCAGGGGGAAGGGGAUUAAUUUGGCCCCCAGUGACACUCACUCUUCUAAAAUGCAUCCCAAGACUUCAGUGCAUCAUAGCAGGACUGUGCUGAUGAGUUGUUUACACCCCAUUCCUUAAAAGAUCUCAGCUGUGCAAUGUUAUGCAUGCUCAUUCAAAGAGGGGGGAAGUGUUUACUCAGAAGUAAGAACCACAGUACUGUAUUCAGUGGGUCUUUUGCUUCCCUGUAAGUGUGUAUAGGAUUGCAGCAGUGCUAUUUUUCUAGGGAAAGAGGUGCCGGAACUCACUUGUUCUCUUAUAACGGCUAUGGCCCCCACCUGAGCGGUCCCAGAACUGAGUUCCAGCGAGUUCCGGCUAAAAAAUCGGGUCAGGUUUGCAGCAUUAUUAUAUCUGGAGGCUCCGUUGGCUGGCACAAAUACCUUCCGUACAGUGGGGAGACAGUGUAAAUGGCUAAGAUACCUCAUCUAAACUCUGAUCUCCCUCUCAGUUCAUUUUCUCCCAUAAGGUAGCUUCUGGAGCAGCCUAUAAAGAAUGUCAGGGCUUUCUGAGUACCUGUUUGGUCUGUAGGCCCCUUGCCGCUGUACACAACUCUUUGAUCCUGGUGUACUGUGGUCUGGAUUGCGUAGGUGGAUCUGGUGUGACUGGAGCUGGUGGUUGAAUGGUUUUGCUUUUUUAUAUUGUGCUUCUAUUCUGAGUCACUCGCUUACGUUGACUUACGCUGCCACUUCUCCUCAUGGGGAUCCUCGUCCUUCUGGUUUCAGAAAUGUGUCUGUUACUGGCCUGAAACGGAGGCAACCUAUGGGCCCUUCAUCAUUCGCAUGCAAGGCAUUUGUGAGUGUGAAGAAUACACCAUCCGCGACUUUGGCCUACAGGUAGGCCAGGAGGGCUUGGGACACAAGCAGGGACAGUGGUGCUUCCUGCCAAAGGUUUACUGUGCAGUCAUUGCUGCUCAUGUGAAGUGAGAAGUUUGGAGGGGUGGCCUGGGAGAGGGCCUUCUCUGUGGCAGCCCUUCAGUUGUGGAAUUAUCAUACUUUUCCGUGUAAAAGAUGAAGUGUUUUUAUUUAAAAAUUAUGUUAAAAAUUGGGGGUUGUCUUAUACAUGGAUAGUGCAUGGGGGGGGACGUGGGAUUGGUUUCUGCCAUGAGCUGGAGAUGGUCAGCAGCUAUUGGGCAUGUUAAGGUAAAGGUAAAGGUACCCCUGACCGUUAAAGGGACGUGGGUGGCGCUGUGGGUAAAACCUCAGUGCCUAGUACUUGCCGAUCGUAUCGUCGGCGGUUCGAAUCCCCACGGCGGGGUGAGCUCCCGUCUUUCGGUCCCAGCUCCUGCUCACCUAGCAGUUCGAAAGCACCCCUAAGUGCAAGUAGAUAAAUAGGUACCGCUUUUUAGCGGGAAGGUAAACGGUGUUUCCGUGCACUGCGCUGGUGCUGGCUCGCCAGAGCAGCUUCGUCACGCUGGCCAUGUGACUCCCGGCCUCUUAAGCGAGAUGAGCACGCAACCCCAGAGUCGGUCACGACUGGCCCAUAUGGGCAGGGGUACCUUUACCUUUACCUUUUACCCCUGACCGUUAGGUCCAGUCGAGGCCGACUCUGGGGUUGCGGCGCUCAUCUCGCUUUACUGGCCGAGGGAGUUGGCAUUUGUCCGCAGACAGCUUCCGGGUCAUGUGGCCAGCAUGACUAAGCCACUUCUGGUGAACCAGAGCAGCGCACAGGAACACCGUUUACCUUAUUGCCGGAGCAGUACUUAUUUAUCUACUUGCACUUUGAUGUGCUUUCGAACUGCUAGGUUGGCAGGAGCAGGGACCGAGCAACGGGAGCUCACCCCGUCAUGGGAAUUCGAACUGCCAACCUUCCGAUCGGCAAGCCCUAGGCUCUGUGGUUUAGACCACAGCGCCACCCGUGUCCCUAUUGGACGUGUUAUUUGUGGCAAUUAUGUGUGCAACUGGCAGCGUAGGUCAGGCAGGUGAACGAUUUUUGGCAAUCCCCCCUAGAAAAAGCUCAACAACUGUGGGCAAUCCUCCCCCCAAAAAGCUCAGCAACUCUGGGCAAUCUCCCCCCAUUUUCUUAAUUUGGAGUCCCCCAAAAUAGGGGGCGUCUUAUACACGGGGGCAUGUUAUACAUGGAAAAAUAUGGUAGCUCCCCACUGAGGUGGAUCUGGCACCUUCAUUACGUAGUGUCUGUUGCAUGCUGAAGAUACACCUCUUUCCCCUGACCUUUGACAUCUUGCAAGGAAUGCACCCAGAAGGAUUGAACCCUGCCCACGCUCAUCAGCUGAUGUCAGCCCAUGACACCAGCUGAUUGACAAAUAGGCAUGGUUUGAGGGGGGGAAUAGCCUCACAGGCCAAAGUGGACCGUCCGGCAAUCCAAGAGUUUGCUUGCAAGUGGGCGCUUUCCCACCUGAGUUAAGGUCCAGAAGGGAAUGUUAGUUUGCAAACAGGUCAUUCAGAACUGAUGUUUGUGUGCACCCAAGUAGCUCAUGAACACACUCCUGUUCUUCUAUUCACCAACCACACCAGCAGGUGGAGUUUGGGACGCGGGUGGCGCUGUGGGUUAAACCACAGAGCCUAGGACUUGCCGAUCAGAAGGUCGGCGGUUCGAAUCCCCGCUACGGGGUGAGCUCCCAUUGCUCGGUCCCUGCUCCUGCCAACCUAGCUGUUCGAAAGCACAUCAAAGUGCAAGUAGAUAAAUAGGUACCGCUCUGGCAGGAAGGUAAAUGGCAUUUCCGUGCGCUGCUCUGGUUCGCCAGAAGUGGCUUAGUCAUGCUGGCCACAUGACCCGGAAGCUGUACGCCGGCUCCCUCAGCCAAUAAAGUGAGAUGAGCGUUGCAACCCCAGAGUCGGCCACGACUGGACCUAAUGGUCAGGGGUCCCUUUACCUUUACCUUUUAGCCUGGGUAUGGGGGGGUGGGGUUUUUUUUGCCCCACCCUCAGUCACUCCUCCCUCCGUCUCUAAUUAGUUUACAAUUAAACUGCAGUUUCCUUGUCCUUAAAAAAAGGUUUUCCCCAAAUUUUUUGACAGAACAGAAUUGCGUAACAUCCAUGAUACUGAAAACAUAUUUAGUGCUCUGAGUGGGUGUGUGCAUGUGCCAGUGUUUCGGCAAGUUAAUAUGAUUCCUCUCUCUUAGCCUUCUCCAACUGAUAGCGAAACUUCAUAUCCACCCUGAGAUUCAAGAGUGUUGCUGGCAGAGGAAAAGGGAAUCAAACCAGUCUCCUGUAGCUUUUCUCACUGUUUUUUCUUUAUGCAAACUUCUCCAAGCAGAAGAAAGCUUAUUUGCUUUAUUGGAGAGGUUUGGAAAAAGCAACAAGAGGUGCCAAGGGGUUUUUCCUGCUGCACAGAUACAUUUCCCUCUUCCUCGUGUGUUCCAUCCACCCACCCAUACGCAGCGGGGCUUCCUUCUGCUAUAGGAAACAGCAUAGAAGAAACAACAGAUUGAUUUGAUUUCCCUCUGUUGUCACAACAACAUGAUGAAAUGGGUACUUUAAGCUGGAGUGGAUCUACACACAGGAAAAAAUGCUAUAAACAAGUCAGAAAUUACAUCAUUGUAACAGAAAAAAACCCUAUGGAAAAACAUGUAUAAAAAUUUCCUGCUCUCUGGCACCAUCUCUGGUUGCAUGUUUAUAGCACAUUCAAAUUGUUUCUUUACUAAUGUAGUUGAGUCCCUGGUCCACCACCCCCCAACACAUCUGAAAGCAAAUCUGUACUGCUUUAACAGUCAUGGCUCCCCCUAGAGAAUCCUGGGAAUUGUAGUUUUCCUCUCAUGAAGAUACAGUUCCCACCACCCUUAACAAACUGCAGCUCCCAGGAUUCUUUGAGAGGAAGCGAGGAAAAUUAAGGUGGCAUAAGAGUGUUUGAAAUGUAUGGUGGGAAUGUGACCGAAGUGAGGAGGGAGGGAUUAUCUUAAUUUACAGAAAGAUAGGCAUGCUCCCAAGCCUCAUGUAGGGCACUAAGCAGCUUCAAACAUUUAUUUUUAUUAUUGCUCAAACCUGUUCAUGUGAGAAGCGAGCGGGAGUAGGAGUGUGGCAAUAGAGGCCACUCAUGGAAAUGCCAUCACACAUGUGACAAACUGCCUUUCCCCUGCUCAAAAAUGUGCUAAAGGCCUCACACGCCAGCAGUUGCCACAGUUGUAUGCAGGCAAUUUUACAAAUAAAAAUAAAUAAAAGUGUAGGUUGGCAUUUUGAGGGUGAAAAACUUCUGAGCGAGAGCAGCAGCAUAAUAUAAUAAACUGCAGUGAGGAAGCACCCUUUGCACACACACCACCUUCAAUGAUACUCCGUUCCGUUUCAUUUCCCACCUGUUUUUCUAGAAACCCACGAGUCAGUCUGCAGUCUGUGGCUACUGAACAAGUCUAGGCCUUACUGAACUGUUUUUGGGUCCCAUCCCACCUUAUGCUUCCUCCCCCCAAAAUAUUUUUCGUACAGUGGUACCUCGGGUUACAUACAGUUCAGGUUACAGACUCCGCUAACCCAGAAAUAGUGCUUCAGGUUAAGAAUGUUGCUUCAGGAUGAGAACAGAAAUUGGGCUCCGGCGGCGCAGCGGCAGCAGGAGGCCCCAUUAGCUAAAGUGGUGCUUCAGGUUAAGAACAGUUUCAGGUUAAGAACGGACCUCCGGAACGAAUUAAGUACUUAACCCGAGGUACCACUGUACUUCUGCUCUCCUGAUACCUCCUCCUUGUGUGAGGACAGAGCUUUUGGACCCCUGGCCUUUGUCACCCAAGAUUUGGGGCUGCAUAACAUACAUGCUAUACAUUUGAAGCACAUCUUCCCCAUGCACCCAGAAAAGAAUCCAGGAAACUACAGUUUGUUAAGGGUGGUGGGAAUUGUAACUGCAUGGCAGGAAAACUAUAUUUCCCAGGAUUUGAGGUCUGUGUGUGCUUUAUAUGUGUAGUAUGUAUGCAGCCAUAUAUUAGGACCCACCCUUAUAUUUGUUUUAAAUUGUUAUUAAUAUUGCAUUUAAGAUUGCUUUUAACUCUCCCUGGGACCUUGUAUGAAGAGUGGGUAAAAAAUCAAAAUCAAAUUUAUCCGAUAAAUUGUAAACAGAUAAGAACAUUGGCAGGAUUACUGUAAUAACCUGCAGUUUCAUAAGAGUAUAUAUUUAAAGCAGAUGAAUAAAUGAGGAAAUUAAGUUAAUUUGGAUAUACAGAAGACAUUAAAAAUAAAUUCAAGGAACCACAGAAAGAGGGGGAAGGGAGUCAAGUUUUGAAAUGUUAAAAUGAUUGUAAAAUUAGUGAAAUGUAUAAAAGCAUAAAUAUUUUUUUUAAGACAUCAAAAUAAUAAUAAUAAUAGCAGCAAUGGCACUCACAAUCUGAACAUCAGAAAUAGAGGGAAUAAUUAUAUGCUUUCUGUUUCAUGAUGAUUCUCAGCUCAACGAUGAAUGUCGCACGGUGAAGCAUAUUGUUUUCUCAUCCUGGCCAGACCAGAAGACCCCAGAAUCAGCCAAGACCUUCUUGCACUUGGUUUUGGAGGUGGAGAAAAUUCUACAGGCCACAGAGAGCAGAGGACCUGUUGUUGUGCACUGCAGGUGAGAAGCUUUCCUCAUAACCCUGCAGCAGUUUAAGGAGUUCAGCGGCCUUGGCCUGAACAAAGACCUCCCCAGACUGAAACCUCAGUACCUAUGGACCUCCUGUUUUAUUUACAUUUAUAUACCACCUUUCCCUCCAAGGAGCUCAAGGUGGUGUAUCUGGUCCUCCUCUCCCCAUUUUAUCCUCUCAACAACCCUGUGAGGUAGGUUAGGCUGAGAGACAGUGACUGGCCCAAGGUCACCCAGUGAGCUUCAUGGCUGACUGGGGACUAGACUCCUAGUCUCCCAAAUCCUAGUCCAACGCUCUAACCACUACACCAUACUUUUCUCCUGUCAUGUAUUUGCAGGUGCUGGUAAAACAAGUAAAAUGUAUGGUCCUCAGGCUACUUGAUCUGUGAUUGUGAAAGACAGAAAACAUUCACAUUCACUGCUUGUGUGUGUGAAUGCGUCUGCCCCUUUCUCCUGACAUCCAGAACCUUCCUCAUCCCCCUCAAAGCCUCAGGGGCCACUGCAAUCUGACAUUAUCUUGGUGUUUUGUUCAGUGCAGGAAUUGGUCGGACUGGCUGUUUUAUUGCUACGCAGAUUGGAUGCCAGCAACUGAAGAAUAAAGGAGAGGUGGAUAUUUUGGGGAUAGUCUGCCAGCUGCGCAUAGACAGGUGUGUGCUGACGAUCUUCUGAGCUUUCUCAUUAUGUGUAAAAUUCCUGUACAUGGUAGAAAAAAAAACCCUAGCACAAUGCAUUGUAUGUGCUGAUGCCCUGUAAAGCAGUUAGGAAACUGCCGUUGGUCUGAGAACAAGCUUAUUAACUGGGACUGAGGAGUUUGACCCUAUUACACACGUGUGCUUUUUCCACCCCACUGGCUCAAUCUAAAGUGAGAGUGGAAAUCCAGUGGAUCUGGAGGGUACCAGGUCGAAGGCCGCUUCAGAUGGUAAUGUGCAUUGCUUCAAAAUGUGGUAAACAUUGCAGGGCUCUCUUGCUCAUCUUUUGCCCCAAAGUCCUACUCCUGAGGCACUACUCCUGAGCAUUCUGGGAUACAGCAUAAAAAGAAACUUUUCUCUCUCUCUGCUUAGUUGAGCUGCCUUUUGAUUAGCUGGGUGGUUUUCAAACUCUGUUUUAGGGAACUCUGGAGUUCCCUGAAAGCUUAUAAAAGUUGCCUGGUGAGAACAUCAAUAUUUUGUUUCAUAUUAUCCUGCCCCAACCAGCAGACUCUUAAGAGAGUUAAUCAUAAAAUUUAAUUACAAUAAUGAUCUAAAACAGCAUAGAAACGUUAACAAAAACUUUCAAAAGCAGUAGGAAAUCACACCAAUAAAAUACUGUUGGCAGUCAUCGAGUGAAGCAAACGACUUUAUAAACACGAUUGUCUUCACCAACUUCCAGUAAUGGAGGGAAUUUUCCCCUGAAAUACUUGCUCAGUGCUACUGAUCUCUUUUACAACAGGUUGGGGAAUAUGUAGUCCUCCAGGUGUUGUUAGACUCCAGUUCUCAACAGCCCCAGACAGCAUGGCUAUUGUUCAGGGAUGAUGAGAGUUGUAGUUCAGCAGCAUCUGGAGGAUCACAGGUUCCCUCCAUCCAUGGCCUACACAGCAUGCUGACACCGGGGAAUUGUUGAUGUGCUCUAGAGUGUAUAUCUCAGUCCAUGCAGAGAUGUGUGUGUGGAGUCCAGUAGACCUGGCCUGGCCAGCCAGCACUCCAGGGAAACAGUGUGCCCUUGUACAAUAGCCUUCAACCAUUGUAGGCUUGGGACACACUGUUAGGUCAAAUAUACAUCAUUGGACCCACUUCUUCAAUGUUUUACCAUGUAUGUAUAAGGAGACUGCACAGUAGCAGAUUUGACCAAAAUGUAGCACGUGUGCUAUCAGGAAAAAUGACAAAGAUCUAGAGGGCCCUCUCUCUGCAACAGCACUUUUCAGUUCCACCACGAAGAAGAGCAUCUGCUUUGCUUGCAGAAGCUCCCAAAUUCAAUCCCCAGAAUCUCCAUUUGGAAAAGACACAUCUAAGACCCUUGAGGGCUACUGCCAGUGAGUGUAGGCAAUACAGUACUGAGUUAGAUGGACCAGUCUGAGUCAGUUUCCUAUGUUUCCUUCUUUAACCCACCCCUCAACAAUUUUUCAAUAGCAGCUGCUAGUGUUUAGUUUCCCCCCAGCAUUCCUCCAUGGUCCCACUGUGGCUGCUUCCUUGCUUCACUGUGUCCUCCCUCCCCCUUCCCCUAGCCUGGGCCACUAUCCCCGGACAACACCUGCAGUGAGGCCCCUAGGAGCAUUGUUUUUAUCACCACUCCUUUUGUUAUCUUUAGUACAUACAGAAGAUGCACUAGAAGGUUUGCUUCACAUUCUUGAACAAUAGGCAGCUUCACCUGAAUUGUUUGCAAGCCGUGUUGGGCUCUCCCAAGAUGCUAGCUGUUUCACAGAAUUGAAUCAUUGUAGCUCCCAGUGAGUGCACAACUCAAUAGUUUUUCUUUGUAUUGCAGGGGUGGAAUGAUACAAACCAGUGAACAAUACCAGUUCCUCCAUCACACACUGGCCAUGUAUGCAUCACAGCUUCCUAAGAUCACAGACUGCUAG